AUGCGCGUCGACAGCAAACAGCACAAACCUGGACGGGUAGCGGGGUGGCGGCAGGGCACGCACCGCGGCGCGGCGCUGUCGGCUCUCGUGAAUCACUCGUUACGGCGCGUCGUCGCCGUCGCCGCCGCCGCCGCCGCCGGCAGAGGCGGAGUCCGGAGUCCGAGGCGUGAUCGCCGCCUUCUCGCCGCCGCGGCCGGCAGUCGUGCUGAGCUGUGCUGCGCCACGGCGGCCCCGGCGAUCGUAUCGCCCUUCACGCUCCACCAGCCGCAGCCGCCCGCCGCGCCUCGCCUCCUCUGCUCUCCACUGUGCUCAGUUCUUCUCACGCCACGCCGGCCGCCAGCCGCCUCCCGCUGCUCCGCGCCGUUCCCUCACCUGGCCGGAAAUGAAGGACAAGGUGGAGGACAAGUUGAAGGUGUAGUUGAGGGACAAGAUGAAGGACAAGUUGAGGACAGGCUGAAGAAGAAUGUGAAGAGCAAAGUGAAGAAGAAGAAGAAGAAGAAGAAGAGCAAAAUGAAGAAGAAGGUGGAGGUGAAGGCAAAGAGAAAGAGCAAGACCGAGAGGAAGAGGGAGAGCAAGACCGAGAGGAAGAGGGAGAGCAAAACCGAGAGGAAGAGGGAGAGCAAAACCGAGAGGAAGAGGGAGAGCAAGACCGAGAGGAAGAGGGAGAGCAAGACCGAGAGGAAGAGGGAGAGCAAGACCGAGAGGAAGAGGGAGAGCAAGACCGAGAGGAAGAGGGAGAGCAAGACCGAGAGGAAGAGGGAGAGCAAGACCGAGAGGAAGAGGGAGAGCAAGACCAAGAGGAAGAGGGAGAGCAAGACCAAGAGGAAGAGGGAGAGCAAGACCGAGAGGAAGAGCAAGAGCGAGAGCAAGGGCAAGAGGGAGAGCAAGAGUGAGAGCAAGAGCAAGAGGGAGAGCAAAGGGAAGAGGAAGAGGAAGAGCAAAGGGAAGAGGAAGAGGAAGAGCAAGGGGAAGAGGAAGAGGAAGAGCAAGAGGAAGAGGAAGAGCAAGGGGAAGAGGAAGAGCAAGGGGAAGAGGAAGAGGAAGAGCAAGGGGAAGAGGAAGAGCAAGGGGAAGAGGAAGAGCAAGGGGAAGAGGAAGAGCAAGGGGAAGAGGAAGAGCAAGGGGAAGAGGAAGAGCAAGGGGAAGAGGAAGAGCAAGGGGAAGAGGAAGAGCAAGGGGAAGGGGAAGAACAAGGGGAAGGGGAAGAACAAGGGGAAGGGGAAGAACAAGGGGAAGGGGAAGAACAAGGGGAAGGGGAAGAACAAGGGGAAGGGGAAGAACAAGGGGAAGGGAAUAGCAAGAGAAUGGGGUAGAGCAAAGUGGAUAAGAAGGUGA